GUCCGAAUGGCUCAGCCUGGGCGGAGACGCCGCGAUAGGCCCAACCGGGCGGCGGGAGAGAGCGGGAAGCACCGCGGGCGUGCCUCCUCUUCCGCCCCGGCCCGGAAGGGUGAUGUGGCUGGACCAGCACCGGCCUCACUAUGUCUGCCAUUUUCAAUUUUCAGAGUCUGUUGACUGUAAUCUUGCUGCUUAUAUGUACGUGUGCUUAUAUCCGAUCCCUGGCACCCAGCCUCCUGGACAGAAAUAAAACUGGACUAUUGGGAAUAUUUUGGAAGUGUGCCCGUAUUGGCGAACGAAAGAGUCCUUAUGUUGCCGUGUGCUGUAUAGUGAUGGCCUUCAGCAUCCUCUUCAUACAGUAGCUUUGGAAACUACUAGCUGUUAUUGCCAUCAGACUCUGUAAACAAGGACAUGUCUCCAAAAAAUAAUGGGAAGAAUGGUUAACCCUUUUAUCUCUGAACAUGGAAUGAGAUAAAUUUCAAGAUGCUAUUCUCUAUUUUUUAUGCUAUUGGACCAAUGAGCUGUACAAAUAAUUACGAUGUAACAGUUUAAUACACAGGAAUGUGAAUGUAACAGUCGACCUCAGUUCUGUCACUCCAGUAUUAUACUAUACAAAUGUCAUUCUGUUGUGUCGGGACUGCUUUUCCUAAGGUUCCUGAGGGCAUGAAAUAGAACACACGGUAGGCGAAUUCCACAGGCUCCUUUCACUAGAGUUUGAAAACAUUGUCUUCACAGGAUGAGACAUUCUAGUGACUGGCCUAUUUUUGAGAAAAAUUGUUCUAUAUUUGUUGUUGUUACUGUUCUUAUGAAUUGCAUUCAUAUUUAAACCAUUUUGAUUGCUAACCAGAGUACCUCUCUAUUCUUGGCAAAUUAAUACACAUGUAAAAUAUUUUAAACAAAACCUUGCAUUUCUUUAAUAUGAGUUUGAGGCUUCUGGUCAACUGUGGUUGAAGAUACAACUUCUGUCUUCUGAAAAAGAGCAUUCUUAGAAUGAAAAAAGCAAGUAGAACAAUGAUAGACUAAAAACUUAACGAGGUUUUAAUUCUCUUUAGUGUCAAGUUUUCCAAAUAGAACAUUCAUUGUAGUUAUAGCAAAUGUGGUUUUUGUUGUGUUUUUAAUAUGCAUCACUUUAAAUGUGGUUUAUUUUCUGUCAGCCUAAAGUGGAUUUUUUUUCUUUUGCUUUUUAGAGACAGGGUUUCUCUGUAACUUCGCAGCCCGUCCUGGAACUCACUCUGUAUACCAGACUAGCCUUGAAUUCACAGAGAUGCCGCCUGCCUCUGCCUCCUGAGUGCUUGGACUAAAAGGCAGGCUACGCAGCUAGAAUCUCUUUUCUGAGUUUGUAGGUGAUAAACACAUCUCAUACCUGCUUAGUCUGGAUACUGUAGUCUGUAUCUCUCAGCUUUGACACUGAAGCAAGAAUUUGAGCAGUUUGUAAUGUGGAUGUGAAAAGACGGCACAGAUUGAAGCAUACAUAUGAAAGGGCAUUUAGAAGUUUGUGCUCAACAUUUCUGCAGGUUCAGCUGGAAAUUCAUUACUAUUUCAAAGCUAAGAGGAAUUAAAUCUACCUAAAAACACUUAGCUACACGUAACAUUUAUUAAAUACUGGUUCAGGCUGCAUUUCUUGGAAAUGAACUUGUUAUAGAAAGAAAGUGUUGGACUUGAAGCCUUUUAAAGCAUCGUAUCUAUCAUUAUGUCACCCAAACAGGCACAAAGCUUGCUGGCCGACAGCUAUUACAGAGCACUUGAAGCAGUGUAGAGGAACAUCAAGGGAAGCCUUACUGUGUUUUCUUGGAAUUAUUUGUUUUCAAAAAAGAUCUUUGGGAUAUCUGUAGCUACUUAAAGCUGGUCUGUUUUAUUUUGGACAGGAAAUCAGAUUGUGGUAAAUCUACUCUGAACUGUAUCUUGGGCCUUAUAUUAGGUCAAGAAUUUCCAAAAGUAGGAUUCCCUCAUCAGCAUAUUUAUGCACAGUAAGUCACCUUUUAGGGUCUGAUUUCUGGGUGGCCAUCUGUUGUCCAUCACUGCUACCAACUAAAUUUUCCAGAAGUGUUAUCAACUUUUUUUCUUAAGUUAGCACACAUUUCAUAAAAAGGAGACAAUAAAAAUAAAAUGUUCCAUUUAAUUUGACAUUUCGGCAGUGUAGGUGGAAAUGAGAGGAAGACAUAGUUAACUUGUAUUGUCUGUGCUAACAUAAAACAAUUAGCUGUGCAGCAGCUUAUUUCUAACCCUGCCAUCCUACUCUUUUUAAGUACAGGCUCUUGGGAGUGUAGGAAAGACACAAAGGGGAACAGAAAUUUGUAAAGAAAAGCAAUUAGCAUUUUGUAUGUGUAAACACUGCUAUUUUCCAAGCCACAGGGUGGUGUAGGGGUUUGAAGCCCAUGGAAUAUUCAGCUAUGUGUUUUGAUGGCAUGUGGAGGAGCAAUAAAGCACUCUAGGCAGCUGGCCCCUGCAAAAAUACUAUAAAUACACAGUUUAUGGGAGGAGGGACACUGAGACCCAGGGUUAGCAAGGUCCAGAUGUUCUCCCUAGCUACCUACCUGGCUCUGGAGUCUUUAAUCCAUGUCUCAAAUUUUGUUUUGUACUGGUGUUUAGUUCCUGAUGAGUUUCAUCUGUGUCAUUGACAGGGCAGGGACAUGUCUUGUUUCCAGGUAGUCUUGCAAGAUGGUCAAAUUCAUCUUAUAUUUUUUAAAAGUUUAGACUCUAGUCCAGUAUCUUGCUAAUAUCUUUUCUGUCUGUGCCAGAAAUUACCUUAAAUGUUUCCAUUCAAGAUGUUUCCUGCGCGGGUUAGUAAGAAUGUGUAAUUUAUAAUAAAGUCCUUUACCUUCAUAAUAAAAUUAGUCUCAUAUUA